AUGCAGGAGUGCCAGGAGGUUAAAGCCCAGUUGGAGAUCAAGGAGGGAACACUCAGGUGCAGCGUCUUCGUUUGCUUCACCUCCCAGGAGCAGUCAGACCUCGACGAGACCCUCAUGGCCGCAAUCGCUGCGCGCCAUGCGCGCGAGAAUGGGCUGCAGCUCGCCGAUGUCCUAGCCAAGAUGCUGAAGGACGGCACCUUCUCCAUCGCUGCCCUCCACAACUACGGCCAUCUUCGGGCUGUGGGAGGCCGCUUGGAGACGCCCAUCAACCAGCGAAACUCCCAGGCCGCCGGCUUCAACUUUGUUAGUACGCCGGCGAUGGUCCCUGGUGAGAACGGCUUCUCGCCGAUCAUGACUUUUGGGAAGAUCGCCGCCACGCCGCGCCUUAUUGACGAGGAGGUUGGUCCGAGCUUCCGUGUGGCCGAGGAGACUCCUCGGGACCGCGCUGCGGAGAAGCUGGCCCGGGGGGCGAUGCAGCGUCAGAGGGAGUCCAAGCAGAACUCCAAGAAGGAGCGCUUGAAAGCUCUUGGGCUGACUCCCAACGCAAGCCCGUCGUCGAUGCGGACGACCCCCGCGUCUGUCGCCUCGAAGGUUACGCCCAUGACGCCCAUCGGACAGUUGCUGCAGCGUGCGCAGCGCAUGGCCCAGCGUGGAGGCCGCCUGCGCAUUGGCACCAGUCGGCCGGCGACAGAGGAGCGUGAGGCCAAAAGACCGCGUUCGAACUCCGUACAGAAGGCUACGCGGUCGGCUAUCCCCUCGGCGCUGAUGGCAGACCUCCUCUAG